UUAGUAACUUGUUGCUUGUUGGUGGGUUUACCAGGAGGAGGCGCUCGUACCCUUUGACAAUCGAAGUUUGAUUGGUGACGUGUAUGUCAAAGUCAAAGGCUGUAUAUUAGGGAGCCAGUAUAAAUGUUCUGCUUAUAACGAUGGCUUCUCUGUAUAGCGCUUCCACCGCCAUCAUUUACUUAACCACAGUCGUGCUGCUCCUAAUUGGAUCAGUGUCCUGCACCGAAUUAACUUUUGAAUUACCAGAUAGUGCCAAAGAAUGCUUCCACCAGGAAAUACAGAAAAACACAUCUGUCACUCUAGAAUUUCAGGUGGUGACUGGUGGUCAGUAUGAUGUGGAUGUGAUUUUGGAGGAUCCAAAGAAGUCAGUGAUCUACAAGCAAGUCAAGAUGCAAUUUGAUUCGCACACAUUCACAGCACAGCACACUGGAGUAUAUAUUAUAUGCUUCAGCAAUGAGUUCUCAACUUUCUCACACAAACUAGUCUACAUGGAUCUCCAAGUUGGAGAGGAGCAGCCUCUACCUGGUAUUGGCGAGCACGUGACAGCCCUUACACAGAUGGAGUCUUCAGCGCAAGAUAUCCACAAGGCUCUGGUCCAGAUUCUCGAUUUCCAGACGCAUCAUCGGCUACGCGAAGCGAAAGGCAGGAAACGCGCUGAAGAUCUGAAUGAGAGGGUUCUGCUGUGGUCGCUGAUGGAGACGGCCUUCAUGUUCAGCAUAUUGCUGCUGCAGAUUACCGUCGUUAAGCGCUUCUUCGCCGACAAGAAGUCAUCAGCACCCUACUAGGACACUUAUGAAUAAGUAAACUGACUUCAAUUGUGCGCGGUGCAAACAUUAAUUAAAUUGUGUUUCCUCUCUUUUGCCAUAGUUAUAUAAAAAAAAUAUCGACGACACAAUCAUUGCAACAGUAUUGAUCUUCUGUUAAAUAAUAUAUUUGUUUCCUUCGAAUAAACAUUCACCUUGGUUGAGUUCAUAAUUGCAUA